CAUUAAAAUAUUCAAAAUGGCUGACGACAAGAGCAGUUUAGCAUCCAAAUCAUCCAGUUUCACACAAAGAAAAAAGAGACGUAUUGAAUGGUGGAAAAGGAAGCGAAGCUGGAAUGAGGAAAGUAAUGACGACGUUGUCAAAGAUGUAAAACAGCCAAGAAAGAAGCAAAAACAUGACGAACUUGUGAACAAUAAAGAGAGAACGAACGCCAAAAAAGAAAACAAAAAGAGCACAUCGAGAUUUAUUUUAUUUAUUGGUAAUUUAUCAUUUGAUUGCAGUGAAGAGAAUAUUCGAAAUCAUUUUAACAUGGCAGAUGAUUUAGUUGAUGUGAGGAUCUUAACCAACAAAACUACUGGUAAAUCAAAAGGUUGUGCUUUUCUGGAAUUCAAGAACAAAAAGAGUCAAAUGAAAGCGUUACAACUCCAUCAUAGUAGUGUUUGUGGUAGACGGGUCAAUGUAGAAGUCACGUGCGGAGGUGGGGGAAAUGGGGAACAAAGAAUAAAUAAAUUAAAAAGUAAGAUUGAUAAAAUGAAGGAGAAAAGAAAAAAAGCAAAAAUUAAGAAGAAAGAAAAUUGUAAGAAAGCAAAAGAAACACUGAUGUGAAGAUUGUUUUAAAGAUUUGUAUAUUCAUGACCAGUUACAUCUUAAAAUGUUCAAGAAUUAAAUCUCUUCGAAAAACA